UAUAUAUAUGUUUAUAACAGGUCUUAAUUUUCAUAAAUUUUAAAAAGUUCAGUACAGUAUGGGAAAUUAUAGAGAAAUUGACUCACCCGUACAAAUGCGGUUGUAUACAUUGACUAAGUAUCAAUUUGUUUUGGUUUUUGUUGGGUUUCUUGUUGCUUUUUUGAUGAUGUUUCUUAUUGGGAUAUUGGGACCAUCUGCUAUUGUCAAUAAUAUUAAGACAGCCAAAGAUCUGGGAGUACCACCCAAAAACCUUUUGACUGGACCAUUUGUAUUAAAUAGUGGAAUGUUGACACAUUUCAACCAAGAGUUAUGGUUAUUUUGUCAAUUCCAGUUGACUGGAUUUCCAUCAAAUAGUAAAUACAAGUUUGAACGAAAGUUCAAUAUUUCGACUCAACUCAUGGGCAUUACAAAAGAUACAAGUUACAAAUCAGUUACACAUACAUUUCAAAAUGUAACAAACCUUUUAACAUGUGAUGUCAAUUCAUGCAAUUCUAUUGUCUUAUAUCACCUUGGAACCUUGGAUUAUUCCUCAUAUUCUGGAAAAAUCUUUUUUUAUGGACUUCAUUUACCAAGAAGUAUAAAAGUCCGGAAUGUUAUAUUUUCUUUCAGGUAUUUUGAAGAUCAGUUUACUCAGAUGCAAAUAUGGUUUCGCUUUGCAUUUCUUGUUUUGUCUUUCACAGUUACUUGUUUGUACAUGCAUAGCCUUAGAAGGUUUCCUGUUCAUGACUGGUGCAUAGAGCAAAAAUGGUUGUCUGCACUUCUGCCUCUUUUACUUUUAUACAAUGAUCCAUUGUUUCCUCUUAAUUUUCUUGUUUCAAGUUGGGUACCAAGUUGUUUUGAUAUCACCUUUCAAGCAUCUUUUCUUGCUGCAAUACUAAUGUUUUGGUUGUGUGCUUUUCAUGGUAUUGGACAAUCAGAACGCCAUCUCAUUCCAUUUUACUUACCUAAAUUUAUUAUGAUUGGAAUAAUAUGGGUCACAUUAUGUACACUACUUGGAUGGCAAAGAUACAAUGAAUUAUUAGAUCCUUUAUUUAAAGUGGAUGUGAAACACUUCAUGGGUUUAAAGUUGUUUUUCUCAGUUAUUAUGUUAAUUUAUGUUAUCUAUCUUAUCAUACUCGUUGUAAAAGCAUUUAAAGACCUUACAAGUGUUCCAUUUUUUGAUAUUCGUUUGAAGUUUCUUACAAUAUUAAUGUCAAUGGUUAUGUUGAUUGGAUUAUCAUUGGUGUUUGUUCGGUUUGGUUUAGUUGUGUUUCAAAAUGACUUCCUAAUGGAUAUCUCUUUGAAUUAUCAUAAUUCUACUGAAUUUUUAACUUCUUAUGGUUUAUUCAAUAUAUACAUAUUUACAAUGGCUUUUAUUUAUUCACCGUCAGCGAUAGCUAUUAAAGAAGCUUCAAUGUGGAGUUUGUCAUUCUCAGCCCCUAAUGAAAAUGAAGAUGAUACACUAUUUCAAAGAAAAAAAAAAAGGGAAUGCAAUCAUAUCUUGAAGAUUGGAAAAUUGUAACUACUGCGUGGCGGUGUGUGUGGUGGUUUUUCAUCUCACUGUGUAGGAGAAAGCGUUGUUCCCGUCUUUUUCUACUUUUAAUCUUCUUUAUAAUGCUUCUAGACAUCGAUUAUAAUUAAAAUUAUACAAAUGUAGCUCAUAAUUAAAUAACUUUCAUUUUUCAAGAUGUCUCGAUAACGGCAUUUUGCAACUGUCAUAUAAAACAUGGCUUAAAAGUGGAGUUGGUACUAGUAGGUGAAUUUGAAUGUUAAAUUACAAAAAUAAUACGACAUACGUUCAAACACAAUGUAAAUGAAAGUGGAAUAUCGUGGAAUUCGUAACUUAUCUCUAUUUUUAAAGCAAAUUUUACAAUUUUAUAAAAUAUUUUUCUGUAUUAAGUUAAUUUAAAAAAAAAUCUUUAUAAUUAAUGACUUAAUGAUAA